AUGGCCAAUAUGUUGUCGCCGGCGGGCGUGCUCGCCUCAAAUGGUGUUGGAGCACGAAAGCCACCCUAUAAGGAAGUGGAAGUGAGAGUGGCGAGCAUAAGCAGCCCCGAAAUCGAUGCCAGUGCUAUGCUCGAAAAAUACAAGGAAGAAAGUGCCAAACGAUUCCGAGCCGAUGGCAUGAAACAAUUUACCAAUCUCGCGACAUCGGAAAAGUACCAAAAUUACAUCCAGGACAUCUGGGUCGAUGACAACGCCAUUGACCCCGGAGCAAAUUCGAUUACAGAUGGCUCCCGGCACGAGGUACUGAUCCUCGGAGCCGGGUACGGUGGUCUCCUCGCUGCCGCUCGAUUGAUUCAAGCCGGUAUCGACAAGAACGAUAUCCGUCUGAUAGACGCCGCCGGUGGCUACGGCGGCACAUGGUGGUUCAACCGAUAUCCCGGCCUCAUGUGCGAUGUAGAAAGUUACUGCUACAUGCCCCUCCUCGAGGAAUUGGGAUACAUGCCCAAGCAUAAAUACUCAUACGGGCCCGAAUUGAGACAGCACGCCGAGAACAUUGCGAGACACUUUGAUCUUCAGGACAAGACUUUGUUCCAAGCCCGAGCGGUCAGUAUGAAUUAUAACGACUCCAAGGGUGAAUGGACCACCAAACUCCGUUCGAUGCGGAAAGGUCAAGUCGGGCAAGAGAUCACGGUUUCGUCUCGGUUUGCCAUUCUCGCGGGUGGGACCUUGAACUGGCCGAAAAUUCUGAAUCUUCCCGGUAUGGAUGAAUUUAAGGGUCACACUUUCCAUACCGCUCGCUGGGAUUGGGCGUACACGGGCGGUUCAGAUUCUGAGACCAAUCCAGCACUUGUGAAUCUGACCGACAAGCGAGUUGGAAUUAUCGGGACGGGUGCUACGGCGAUCCAAGCAGUGCCGGAACUGGCCAAGUGGGCAAAGAAACUCUACGUCUUCCAAAGGACUCCCUCGGCGGUGGAUGUAAGAGGUCAACAGGUGACGGAUGAGAAAUGGUGGGCGCAUGAGAUAGGCGGAAGAAAAGGUUGGCAAACCGAAAGAAGGUUGAAUUUCGCCGCGUUCGCCUCCAACACUAUACCUCGACCCAAGGUCAACUUGGUCGACGAUGGCUGGACCAAGUUCCCAUCGUACGCUGGACUCAUAGGUAGCCCCGGGGCGCCUCUGUCCAACGACGACGUCUCCACCUAUGUGACCCUGCUCAGUACGAUGGACCUUGCUCGACAGGAAAGGGUUCGGGCCAGGGUGGACGAAGUCGUCAAGGACAAGGUCACUGCAGACAAGCUCAAAGCCUGGUACCCCGGUUGGUGCAAACGUCCGUGUUUUCACGAUGACUACCUCGAAAGCUUCAAUUCAUCGAAUGUCACUCUUGUCGACACUGACGGUCGUGGAGUCGACGGUCUAAGUGAACAUGGCGUCCUCUUUGAUGGACAAGAGUAUCCCGUGGACGUCCUCAUCUUCAGUACAGGGUACGAGGCUCGGUUGGGUAGCAGUCCAGCGGGCCGUUUACACAUGGACGUGGUCAACCAUGAGGGAUUUUCGCUCGACGACAAAUGGGAACAAGGCAUUGCAACUCUGCAUGGCAUUCAGAGCAAUGGCUUUCCCAACUUAUUCUGGCUGGGUCUGUGGCAGACGGGACUGUCUCCCAAUCAAUGCCAGAUGGUGGACGAACUGGCACAGCACAUGGCCUUUGUUUUCAAGGCAACUGUGCAAAAGUUCGGCGGCAGAAGAGAGGACCACAACAACAGCCUUUUAAAAUCGAAGGACAGAUAUGCCUUCACCAUUGAACCCACCAUCGCUGCAGAGGAGACGUGGACGAAAAAGAUUAUUGCGAGCGCCGGUGCCUUUGCCGCCAUGGCCAAUUGCCCACCAAGCUAUUUUAAUGGUGAAGGAGACGUUUACCGCAUUGCUGACAUGGGUCCCGAAGCUCGCGAGAAACUUGCCAGAGGCGGUUCGUGGGGGAGAGGAUUCGCCGACUUCGCCCGAGAACUUGAGAGCUGGAGAGCAUCCAAUUUUUGGGAUGAUCUCAACAUAAAGUCCAUACCAGCUUUGUGA